CCCGGUUUCCCCAGACUCACAGUCAGUAAAGACGAAUGCUUUGGACCAAAACAAUUUGUCCACUUAGCAUUGUUGCGCUAUCACGCACGUUCCUCUCUACUUCUAAUUAAACGAGAUUCUCUUUCUAUUGUUUCCGCUCACUGAAUAUCUAGGGUUUAGACCGCCGAAAUGAAGUACAAAUCCCCGCAGGUGGAGGACUAUCCCGAAACCGAGGACGGCACGCCCACCAUCCCCCCGAAGCGCAAACUCGAUCAGAGGGAUCUCGGUGAUGAGUUGGGUACUGGACAGGCUAGCGCUGAAGCCGAGCGGGAGCGUGACCAGCCGCCUAGCAAGUUUGUCAAGAAAGAUGCGGGGACAGGGGAUGAUGCUGAGGAGCAGGUAAUUCAGGAUGUGGCGGAAGAGGAGGAUGAGGGGUAUGAUGGGCAGGUUGAGAGUAUUGAUGAUGAGGAGGAUGAGGAUGGUGCUUUGGAGCAGGAUGAUGGAGGUGAUGAACAAGAAGAAGAAGAAGAGGAGGAGGGGGAAGAGGAGAAGGAUAUUGAUCAAGAAGAGGAUAGAUCAGAAGAGCCCACUCCCGAAGAACCACAAAGCCCUACAACGAUCAGCAAGCCGAAGCUGCAAAAAGCGGUCCAAGACUACGGGCGUCUCCCGCUCUUCGGGACAACAAUUGCGGAAGGAACCCUGCAUGGCUCACCAGAGACGCUACUCGCGAUGGUCAUCGAUGCGAUGCUCAAGUCGCGUCCGAUCUCCCAUGACCUUUCGCAGCGCGCAGUCAACCAUCUCAUUGAGGUUGGGUUCCAUGAUAUCCGCAAGCUGAGCGAAAGUAGUUGGGAGGAGCGGGCGAUGGCCCUGAAGGAUGGUGGCUACAAUCGGUAUCGAGAGCAAGGGGCGACGAAUUUGGGGAAAAUGGUGGAGUUGAUCAAUGAUAAGUAUGAGGGUGAUCUCAACAACCUACUGAAGAAAGCGAACAAUGACCGGAAGAAGACCCGGCAGCUCAUCAAGGAGAUCAAGGGUCUCGGGGAUCUAGGGGCGGAUCUCUUCCUCAACAAUGUCCAGAGCGUCUGGCCCUCGAUGGCCCCGUUCCUGGACGGGCGCAGUCUGGAGACAGCUGAUAAGGUCGGACUGGGCACGGACUUGGAGGCGAUCUAUGCGGAGCUGGGGCGCGACUGUGUGAGUAUGAGCCGGCUGGCUAACGGACUGUCUGCUGUCAGGCUUGAGAGGAAGCAGGGUGAUCUCAUGGCGUCGUAAAGAUCUACUGUACUGUACUGUGCUGUGCUUGCACGAUUUGUGCACACGUCCACUGGGCGAGGUGUAUGGCUUGACAUGCUUUGAGUUUUGCAGGUGUAUUAGAAACCCGGGUCUGUCAUGUAUCACAGAUACUGUGACUUCAGCGUUGUACAGCGCGUGCGGCCAUUAUUCAGUUAUCAGAUAUUUGUCGCAUGGGAUCUGAAAACGCCCUAUCAUCUCACAAAGCGGAUAUCAUGGCAACCUAGCGUGAGGUAUGA